UUCAGUACAUUGGAAGCCUCUGUCUUACCCUCGUUCUAUCCGACGCUUCUAAUUUUGGUUUUGGGGAUAUGUCGAUUGCAGCGGCUGCCGUUGUCGUUCCGCUGGGUCUUCUCUUCCUCACCUCCGGCCUUGUAGUUAAUCUCAUUCAGGCAGUUUGUUUCAUCCUUGUUAGGCCUCUGUCAAAAAGUACAUACAGAAGGAUCAACAGAGUGGUAGCAGAAUUAUUAUGGCUCGAGCUCGUGUGGCUUAUUGAUUGGUGGGCAGGGGUUAAGAUCCAACUGUACACAGAUCCAGAAACGUUUCGCUUAAUGGGUAAAGAACAUGCACUUCUUAUAUCAAACCACAGAAGUGACAUUGAUUGGCUUGUUGGAUGGGUUUUGGCUCAGCGAUCAGGUUGCCUUGGCAGCACAUUAGCUGUAAUGAAGAAAUCAUCAAAAUUCCUUCCGGUGAUAGGUUGGUCAAUGUGGUUUUCUGAGUAUUUAUUUCUGGAAAGAAACUGGGCCAAGGAUGAAAGCAUAAUAAAGUCAGGUCUUCUACGGUUAAAGGACUACCCUCAGCCUUUUUGGUUGGCUCUUUUUGUUGAGGGAACUCGCUUUACACAGGCAAAGCUUUUAGCAGCUCAAGAAUAUGCAACUGCAUCGGGGUUGCCUGUUCCUAGAAAUGUUCUGAUUCCCCGUACUAAGGGUUUUGUUUCAGCUGUCAGUCACAUGCGUUCAUUUGUUCCAGCUGUUUAUGAUGUAACAGUGGCAAUUCCCAAAACUCAGCCUUCACCAACAAUGCUCAGACUCUUUAAGGGGCAACCUUCUGCAGUGCAUGUGCACAUCAAGAGGCAUUUGAUGAAGGAAUUGCCUGAAACAGAUGAUGCUGCAGCACAAUGGUGUAGAGAUGUAUUUGUCGCCAAGGACGCCUUAUUGGACAAGCAUAAGGUAGAAGACACAUUUGGUGAAGGAGAAUUUCAAGACACUGGUCGACCAAUAAAGUCCCUUUUGGUUGUCAUCUCUUGGGCAUGCCUCCUUAUCUUAGGGGCUCUAAAGUUCUUGCAGUGGUCUUCACUCCUAUCCUCAUGGAAGGGAAUUUCAUUUACUGCAAUUGGGUUAGCCAUUGUCACUGUCCUUAUGCACAUCCUCAUCAAAUUCUCUCAAUCAGAGCGUUCCACGCCUGCCAAGGUUGCCCCAGCAAAGCCCAAGAACGGGGGAGAAUCAUCAGAACCAGGUCGCCACAAACAUCACUAAAUCCCAGCCCAGCUGCUUCCGCAGAUCUUCAAUACAUUGGUCGCUUCAUCUACAAUGGUAUAUUUGUGAAGCAAACCCAUAUGCCUAGUAUGUGUGUUUCUUGCCCUCUUACUAAUGCGUGUGAUCUUUUUAAACUAUUUGAUUCAUAGCAUGUGUUUGAAUUCUGUAUUCAGAGACUGUGUGCAUAUCAAUUCAUUAAUUACCAAUCUGAGUAGCCUAGUUCUGUAGACUUUUACUUGAAGUGGCUGUACCAUCUUCCCUUGGAUUUUUUUCUUUUUCUAUUUUUCUAAGGUAUUUAUUCUCAAUUGCAUUUAUAGUCUC